UUUCUUUGAUAAAAUUGAUUUUGAGGACUUUAUGUUUAUAAAUAACAUCAAGAAAUGGGAGAAAAAAAUGGUGAUGCAAAAGCUUUCUGGAUGGAACUGGAAGGUAAUGGAAAAAUAGAUUUCAUAUUUGAACAAGUACAAAGUGUGUUGCAGUCACUAAAACAGAAGAUCAAAGAUGGAUCUGCCACAACUAAAGAAUAUAUCCAAGCAAUGAUCCUAGUGAAUGAAGCAACUAUAAGUAAUAAUUCAAUGCUGAUGAAGGAUCAUGUGUCUGUGAUUCAGAAUGUGCAGGAAAAUAAGCCCAGUUUAUUACCCUCUACGUCACACGAAGACUGCUUUCCAGAAGAUUCUGCUUUUCUAUCUACAAAUAAUAAAGAAACUCCCCAUCUGGAAAAUAAAGUUGCAGACACGAGAGAAAAAGCAGCUCCUUUAAAUUUAUCUUACCAAAGGCAUAACUGCUCUGGUGCCUGUCUGAUGAAAAUGCCACCAGCCUUCAAAGGUGAAAACCCUCUGCAGCUCCCAAUCAAAUGCCACUUCCAGAGGCAGCAUGCAAAGACAAACUCCCAUUCAUCAGCGCUCCAUGUGAGUUAUAAAACCCCUUGUGGAAGGAGUCUACGAAACAUGGAGGAAGUUUUUCGUUACCUGCUUGAGACAGAGUGUAACUUUUUAUUCACAGAUAACUUUUCUUUCAAUACAUAUGUUCAGUUGACCCGGAAUUAUCCAAAGCAAGAAGAAAUUGUUUUUGAUACUGAUAUUAGCAAUGGCGUGGAAUCAGUGCCCAUUUCUUUCUGUAAUGAAAUUGACGCUAGAACGCUUCCACAGUUUAAGUACAGAAGGACUAUGUGGCCACGAGCAUAUUAUCUAAACAGCUUUUCCAACAUAUUCACUGAUUCAUGUGACUGUUCUGAAGGCUGCAUAGACGUAACAAAAUGUGCCUGCCUUCAAUUGACAGCAAGGAAUACCAAGACUUGCCCUUUGUUAAGUAAUAAAAUAACCACUGGAUAUAGAUAUAAAAGACUCCAGACACAUAUACCUACUGGCAUUUAUGAGUGCAGUUUGUUAUGCAAAUGUAACCGAAGACUGUGCCAGAACCGAGUUGUGCAGCACGGACCUCAGGUGAGGCUCCAGGUGUUCAGGACUGAGAAGAAAGGCUGGGGCGUCCGCUGCCUGGAUGACAUCGACAGAGGGACCUUCAUUUGCAUUUAUUCAGGGAGAUUACUAAGCAGAUCUAACACUGAGAAAUAUGUUGCUAUAAGUAAAAAUAGAAAAGAAGAGAAAAUUAUGAAAAAUUCGUUUUCAAAAAAACGGAAAAUAGAAGUUGCAGAUUGUGAAGUUGAAGUUAUUCCAUUGGCAUCAGAAACACCUCCUACAAGUGUGAAAAUUGGGGAGUAUCCACCUAAUUUCAAUAACAGUCCAAAAGAAACAGUCACAGAAAUAAAAUGUGACACAGCUUCAAGAAUUAAGUAUCAUUCAGUCAUUAAAAGUCCUAAAGCCAGGACAGUCAGUAUUCAAUGCAAUGAGGAAAAGAAGAACUUGAAGAACUCUCCCUUGUUUCCUUCUGAGGGAUUUGCUUCCACCAAGUCCGUCACCUCAGAAGAUAGUGAUGGAUUUAUACCAACCCGAGUAUAUCUGAAUUCUAAAACCAAGGACAUGAAAAAGGAUGCAAGCUCAAAGGAAGUUGAGGAUUCUGAAGACAACCUGGCGACUGAAUCAGAUGUGAUAGAUAUAACUAAAUGUAGAGAGGAAAUUCCUCCAAGGUUCCGAUGUAACAAUGAAACAUUGAAUAAUAAGAAUAUUAUAAGGAAAUUGGAUGUUCAAAUAGAAAAGCCCCAUGAGAAAGAAUCUCCAGCAUGUCAGAAUCAACAGGCCUGUCAUGAUGAAGAGCUUCCAGGCGAAACCAGCAAUAACGCUUCAUCUGAUUCCCUGAAGAGGUCAAAGAACAAGAUUGAGUUCUUACUGGAUGCCAGGAGAGAAGGCAAUGUGGGCCGCUUUCUCAAUCAUAGCUGUUGCCCAAAUCUUUUGGUACAAAAUGUUUUUGUAGAAACACAUGACAGAAAUUUUCCACUGAUGGCAUUCUUCACCAACAGGUAUGUGAAAGCAAGAACAGAACUAACAUGGGAUUAUGGUUAUAAAGCUGGGACUAUGCCUGAGAAAGAAAUUCUCUGCCAAUGUGGAUUUAAUAAGUGUAGGAAAAAGAUAUUAUAAAUAUGUAGUCAUUGCCUGCUGGUAAAAUGAACACACCAAACUGAAAUUAGAGCCAUGUGACAGCACACUCAAACUGGAAUUCCUUCUUGGUCUGACAAAAUUCCUCUCAGUUUUCCCUUGUUUGUGAGGGCUUCUUUUGUGACUUAGAAGCGC